GGCUUCCUGCAGUGACAGCAGCUCAGAGCGGGUGAGGCAAAUGCAGCGAGCAGAGAGGAAUCAAUACACAGAGAAAACGAGACUGGGAAGAAGGAGAAGGGAGGAGUCGCCUCAUCAGCCAUUCUUGUCUUACAGGGUCCCAGCUGUCAUUGGUAAAAAAAAAUAAGGGAGGGAGGGAGAGGAUUUACUAUUGUGUGAGGCAGGAGAGAGGGAGUGAGACUGAAAGGGGAAGAAGAGGAAAGCAAGGAGGCACGGUCUUCUUCCACCUGAGCCUGAGCUUCUUUACAAGCUAAUAUUGCUCAGAGAUUGGAGAGCAGAAGCCGGCUCUGUCCCUGCAACAACUGCGGCACAUCAUGUCUGGCUACCAGGGCAAGAAGAACAUCCCCCGGAUAACUAGUGAUCGUCUUCUUAUUAAAGGAGGAAGGAUAGUUAAUGAUGAUCAAUCAUUCUAUGCUGACAUUUACAUGGAGGAUGGCCUAAUAAAGCAAAUUGGAGACAACUUGAUAGUCCCUGGAGGAGUGAAGACCAUAGAAGCCAAUGGGAGAAUGGUUAUUCCUGGAGGAAUUGAUGUCCAUACCCACCUGCAGAUGCCAUAUAAAGGAAUGACAGCAGUGGAUGACUUUUUCCAAGGAACAAAAGCAGCUCUGGCGGGUGGCACCACUAUGAUCAUUGACCAUGUUGUACCAGAGCCAGAGUCCAGCCUGAUAGAAGCAUAUGAGAAGUGGAGAGAAUGGGGUGAUGGGAAGGCUUGCUGUGACUAUUCACUACAUGUGGAUAUCACCCUUUGGAAUGACAGUGUGAAGCAGGAAGUGCAGACACUCAUCAAAGAAAAAGGAGUUAACUCAUUCAUGGUUUACAUGGCCUAUAAGGAUUUAUACCAGAUGUCAAAUACAGAGCUGUAUGAGAUAUUUAGUUUCUUGGGAGAGCUUGGUGCAAUAGCUCAAGUUCAUGCUGAAAAUGGCGAUAUCAUUGCACAGGAGCAAACUAGGAUGCUGGAGAUGGGAAUAACUGGUCCAGAGGGCCAUGUGCUGAGUAGGCCAGAAGAGCUGGAGGCGGAAGCUGUCUUCCGUGCGAUCACCAUUGCCAGCCAGACCAACUGCCCCUUGUAUGUGACCAAAGUGAUGAGCAAGAGUGCUGCUGACCUAAUUUCACAAGCCAGGAAAAAAGGCAAUGUAGUGUUUGGUGAGCCAAUUACUGCCAGCCUUGGAAUAGAUGGAACACACUACUGGAGCAAAAACUGGGCAAAGGCGGCUGCAUUUGUGACUUCCCCACCUCUGAGUCCAGAUCCCACGACCCCAGAUUACAUUAACUCCUUACUGGCCAGUGGGGACCUUCAGGUCUCUGGAAGUGCACAUUGUACAUUCAGUACAGCCCAGAAAGCUAUCGGAAAAGAUAACUUCACAGCAAUCCCAGAGGGGACCAAUGGUAUUGAGGAACGCAUGUCAGUUAUCUGGGACAAGGCAGUGGCUACUGGGAAGAUGGAUGAAAAUCAGUUUGUGGCUGUGACAAGCACCAAUGCUGCCAAGAUCUUCAACAUGUACCCAAGAAAGGGGAGAAUCGCAGUGGGAUCAGACAGUGACCUGGUCAUAUGGGAUCCUGAUGCAGUGAAAAUCGUGUCUGCUAAAAGCCACCAGUCAGCAGCCGAAUACAACAUCUUUGAAGGAAUGGAGCUGCGUGGAGUCCCACUGGUUGUCAUAUGCCAGGGAAAGAUAAUGAUGGAGGAUGGCAACCUUCAUGUGACACAAGGAACAGGGCAUUUCAUUCCUGGCACCCCUUUCUCAGACUAUGUCUACAAGCGCAUCAAAGCAAGGAGGAAGAUGGCUGAAAUGCAUGCUGUGCCACGGGGCAUGUACGAUGGGCCUGUGUUUGACUUGACCACCACCCCUAAAGGGGGCACCCCUGCAGGGUCCACUCGGGGAUCCCCAACUAGGCAGACCCCCCCAGUAAGAAAUCUCCACCAGUCUGGAUUUAGCUUAUCAGGUACUCAGAUUGACGAAGGGGUUCGCUCAGCCAGCAAACGCAUAGUCGCACCCCCUGGAGGCCGUUCCAAUAUAACAUCUCUGAGUUAAGCACCCAGUAAUUGAAAAAGGGGAAACCAUUAUUUGAAAUAACUAAGCAAUGGUACCUUGAUAAUAUUUAAGAAAGAGCAGUGGAGAAGAGUUUGGAUUUUGAAGAAUCAAGAAGCCUCAAGCCUUAUGUUUCAUAAAUGCUACUCGCUACCUAGCUUUAAAAAAUAUUGCGGGUUUUCCUUUUUGUUUAUUCAUAGCCUUAAUAUUUUUUCCCAUUUUUUACAUGCAUGCAAAUCUGACAGGUGACUAAGUUAAGAGUAUGUAAUUGUACAUGGUGAGUGCUUGUGUGAUGACACAUUGUAAGCAGGGGACUGGAGACAGGCAGGAAACUAAUGACAUGAGCAAGCUGUUUAGCCAGGUUACUUGGGCAGAAUCAACCAAGGAGUCUAGUCUUGGGGAUGGGAGGGGGCAGCUGGUGGUGGGGCAGGGUAGUGGGAGGCGGAUGGGGGGACCAACUAGAUCUGUGUAUUGUGUCCAUGUUUUUCUGUUUACUCUCAAUGCUGAUGAGACAUAGUUGCCUCUGAGCACUACGUGAGGCCAUUGGAAAGCUCAGCCAUCUUUGUAAUGGCUCUGUUGUAUCACCGCUUCCUGUUAGAGAUUUUAUUACUUCGUACAUUUUAUUGAAUAAAAAAUUGAAAGGCA